CAGAGAUAUUUUAUUGUCACGGGUUAAUCUGCUCUUGCCUUCUUCUAUUCAAGGCCUGCUGAGGGACCUGUCCAGCCCCUAGCAUGGGGUAAUGCUAGAACAUAGGUCUACCCUGACCAAACCUUUUAUAUGAAACCUCCCUUUUAUAGUCUGAGCUUCAUAGAUCUUGAAGAUCCUUUUUGUUGGAGUAACUUCAGGGCUAGCGGGAUCAGCUCUGCACUGAGAAAUUCACUCGGAGAAGAGUGGGGUGAAUUCUGCUUUGCUUUAUGUCCCUUUUCAUGUCCUGCUUGUAAUAAGGGUUUGAUGGACAAAAUUGCUGGCAAGAAACUGAAACUGGAUUAUGAUCCCAAGAGGUCAUACUCCAGUGGCUACUAUUCUACAGCCUGCCCUGGACAAGUUCUGGGGGUCAGCUGCCUCUGACGAGAGCCCUCCUCUCUCCAACUAUCUGCUCAGGCUGUUUGUUAAGGAGGGGAUAACAGGUAAGGAAGAGAUGACAGGUAAGAAGCACUCGUCAGGAAGAGGCACAGUAAGUAUCUUCCCAGACAGAGCAGUUAGAGUCAAGCCAGACAAAAGAGGAGAUUUAAGCUUUAAAAAUAAAUGGCAGAGAAAAUAAGUGUGGAAGGGUUCCAGCCUGGGAAGCCGUUUGACUGCCUUAGUCACUGGCAGGGGAGAGAAGUAUGGAAGGCAUUCAGUAACCUCAGCUAGUAAUCGCCCUUGUUCAACCCAGAGCCCUGUGGCUGACCCUCUCUUAGGCAAUGUGUGCCUGACUUUCAGAAGAGCUGAGUGCACAGAAACACAGCUGAUGUCACUGGGAGCUGCAGCGCCUCUGUGUUUGUUUUUCCCAUCUGGAGAUGUGUCCUCCCUUCAGAAAGGAUUUUCUGGCACCUCUCUUAGGACAAAUACCUUUUCCUCUCUCUCAGAGCCUCUCCUUUGGCCUGCUAACUCCUCCCACACACCUUCUUAUAAGGUCAGAAUGAGAGAGAAAGAGGUCUCUUCAGGGUACAGGAAUUCAACUCUUCUGAAAGGAGCUACAUGAAUUUAAGUUUCUCGGCAAAGUAAAUGAGAUCAGAUGGGGACUUUUGCUCUUUUACAGAGUAUCCAGGCAAUCCUGACAGCAUCCUCCAGCAAUCAUAUGAAUAGGACAAUUAAGGCAUCUUGAUUCAAUGACUACACAUAUUUCUAGCCCCUGGGAGUUUAAUAUCUUUCCCUGCCAACAGCUACAUGCUGAUUAGAGUCCCAAUCCUCCCCCAUUUAAGUUCAUGGAAGUUUUGGCAUUGAAUUCAAUGCAAAAUGAUCCAACCCUAGCUGGGUCCAUGGCUGGGCCCUUUUUGCACAGAUAGGUCCCUUCACAGGGUUACUAGCAUUUUAGCAGGUCAGGGACUGUUACAUUACUCCUUGAGGAACAGACCUCAGUUGGCUUCGGUGAGACAGAUAAUUAAUAUUACAGGCAAUUAAAAGUCAUAGCUGGGAUAGAUGAACUAGGAAGACUUUGCCAGAGCUACGGACCAACAUUCUGAAAUGAAUCCAGGCUAGUACUUGAACAAUUAGCAAUAAAUACUUAAAGCCUGGCACAUCACCAUAUGAAUUAAAUGACACAUAGCCAACAGGAGCAAGCAGGAGGGGGGAGCGGACUAUCCCUACAAUAUCCCCAUAGGGAUAGUGUGAAAGCAACAAACCUGAGUUUUGCAAACGCUUCAUGUCUUAAUGUCAGAAGUAGUUAACUAUUUCCUGGCUAUCCACCAUUCCAUUACCACCUUCCCUCAGCCCUUCAGCACUUUGCUUCUGGGACACAGUUCAACACACAGCUGCUGCAGUUAAACCUUGAACUGUAACUGUUAGGGUUAUGUAGUGUCACAUAAUUAAUUUCUUUUCAACACUGUAUUUGUUCAAACAAUCUCCUAUAUAAUUUCUCACUAUUAGUUCUUAAGUUUUGUGAUUUUAAAUUAGUGUUGUUCUUACUGUAUAAAUUAGUGCUAUUAAAAGAAUUUAUUGUAGGUUUCUAUAAUGCAAAGAUUUUUUUUAAUACUAUGGCUAUAUUAACCAUAAUAACUUAAAUGGAUAUCUUUCUCUCUUUGGUAACAGAUUUCACUCUUUAAAUUUUUGAGUUAAACAAUAAGAUCUGAGCUAAUAAGAUUUUCCUCUGCUUUACAGGGAAACUGGAAGGGAAUCAAAACUCUCAUCCACUGUGCAAAAGAAAAAAAAAUGCUCCACAUAUUUAAAUUUGUGGGUGAAACAAAGGAAUUAUUAAAGAGUUUGACUGCUAUCUUGCCAGGGCAGUGUGGCGGGGCUGAAUCUCAUUACAGGCUGGGCUACGAGAAAGCUUGUGCCCGGAGGAUACGAAGAACGUCAAGGCGCUGAAACUUACCAGGGCUCAGGAAACAGGGACAACCCUUGUGCAAGAUGACACAGUCCCUUGUAACUCCUCUGGGUCAAGAAGAGGUUCCAGAAGAUCUAGAGGUAGCCCAACGGGAAGACACAUGACAAGGAACAAUCUGGUGCAGGGAAGCACACUCCAAUCACCAAACUCCAUGGGACUCCCCUUGUCUUCAGGGAAGCACACCCCAAUGGCCAGAGUCCAUGGGACUCCCUUUGUCUUCAGGGAAGCACACCCCAAUCACCAAACUCCAUGGGACUCCCCUUGUCUUCAGGGAAGCACACCCCAAUCACCAAACUCCAUGGGACUCCCCUUGUCUUCAGGGAAGCACACCCCAAUCACCAAACUCCAUGGGACUCCCUUUGUCUUCAGGGAAGCACACUCCAAUCACCAAACUCCAUGGGACUCCCCUUGUCUUCAGGGAAGCACACCCCAAUCACCAAACUCCAUGAGACUCACCUUGUCUUCAGGGAAGCACACCCCAAUGGCCAGAGUCCAUGGGACUCCCCUUGUCUUCUGGGAGGAUCAGACCCUACAUUCAGCUUGGUUUUCUCUGCACUGAUUUCCAUGUCGUAUUUUGAGGAGGUUUCAUCCAAUCAUUUCACAAGAUUGGCAAGUUCAUCUUCGUUACCUGCCAAGCCAUCAAUAUCCUCAGCAAAUCGAAGAUUUGAGAUUGUUCGCCCCCCCAGCGCUGACUGUGCAUAUGUGAUCUUCUAGGGCAUCAGUCAUUAUGUGCUCCAAGUAGAUGUUGACCAGUGUGGGCGAAAGAAGACAGCCUGGCCGGACUCCAACAGUGCUGUGAAACCACUCUCCUAUUAUGCCAUUGACGAGAACUGCACUGCUGGCCUUAGCACACAGUUGUUUAAUGAAGUAAAACAAAUCAUCCUAUAAUGGAGGCAACCAGACAAACGAGAAUUUCUCGACCGCACAAGAUAAGUGAAUCCUCCAAGGUGUACAGGUGGGCUGACCACCCUAGUCUAGUCCUUCAGAGUCUGAAUGAGCAGAGACACCAAGGUCUUUUCUGUGAUAUUAUUCUGGUGGUGGAUGAACAAAGAGUCCCUGCCCAUCGGAAUCUCCUGGCUGUUUGCAGUGACUACUUCAACUCCAUGUUCACCAUUGGCAUGCGAGAGGCCUAUCAAAAGGAGGUCGAACUUUUUGGAGCCUCUUACAUUGGUCUCAAAGCUGUGGUGGAUUUCCUAUAUGGUAGUGAGCUGUCCUUAGAUGGUGGCAACAUUGAUUAUGUGCUGGAAACAGCUCACCUGCUGCAGAUCUGGAAGGUGGUUGACUUCUGUUGUGAGUAUCUCGAAAAUGAGGUCAGCGAGGAGAACUACCUGUACCUUCAAGAGCUGGCCUCUAUUUACAACCUGAAACGCCUGGACUCCUACAUCGACUCUUUCAUCCUGCAGAACUUUGGCACGCUCUCUUUCACGCCUAACUUCCUGCAGAACAUUUCCCUCCAAAAACUCUGCCAGUAUCUGGGGAGCAGCGACGUGCAGCAGGAGUGUGAGCACGACUUGCUGCAGGCUGCCUUGCAGUGGCUGACACAAUACCCGGAAAGAGAAAACGAGGCUUACCAGGUACUGGACAACAUUCAUUUUCCCUUGAUACCGAAGAGUGACCUCCUCCAUCGAGUCAAGCCUGCUGUCUGCUCUCUUCUCCCGAAGGAAGCAAACUGUGAGGGGUUUAUAGAAGAAGCGGUGAACUAUCAUAACAACGUCACAGCCCAGCCAGUGCUCCAGAACAAGCGGACGGCUUUGCGUACAAAUGAAGAGAGGCUCCUCUUUGUGGGGGGGGAGGUUUCGGAACGAUGCCUGGAGUUAAGCGAUGAUACCUGCUUCCUGGACACCAAAAAGGGGCAAUGGAUAACAGAAACGCCACUCCCAGCCAGGCGAAGUCACCACUGUGUUGCAGUGCUGGGAGGUUUUAUCUUCAUAGCUGGAGGCAGCUUUUCAAGAGACAAUGGAGGGGAUGCAGCUUCAAAUCUUCUAUAUAGGUAUGAUCCCCGCUGUAACCAGUGGAUAAAGGUUGCCUCCAUGAGACAACGACGAGUAGAUUUCUACCUUGCAGCCAUUACAGAUAUGCUGGUAGCUGUUGGUGGGAGGAAUGAAAAUGGGGCUCUUUCUUCAGCUGAGACCUACAGUCCUCAAAAAGACGCCUGGUCUUAUAUAGCAGGCUUGCCAAGGUUUACCUAUGGGCAUGCUGGCACUGUCUACAAGGAAUUUGUUUAUAUCUCGGGGGGCCAUGAUUACCAAAUUGGUCCCUAUAGAAAAAAUCUCCUUUGCUAUGAUUACCGCACAGAUGUCUGGGAGGAAAAGCGGCCAAUGAUCACUGCUCGGGGAUGGCACAGCAUGUGCACCUUGGAGGACAACAUCUAUUCCAUUGGCGGCAGUGAUGACAACAUAGAAACUAUGGCACGCUUUGACAUUCUGAGUGUGGAGUCUUACAGCCCUCAGUGUAACCAGUGGACCAGAGUCUCUCCCUUGUUUCAAGCAAACAGUGAGUCUGGAGUGGCAGUCUGGGAAGACAAGAUUUAUAUUCUUGGAGGCUAUAGCUGGGAAGACACUGUCUUCUCCAAAACUGUCCAGGUGUAUGACAAGGAGAAAAACAAGUGGUACAGAGGAACUGACCUUCCCAAAGCUAUUGCUGGUGUGUCUGCGUGCGUCUGUGCAUUGAAACCCAGAAAGGAGGACAAAAAGAAAAAGACAAAAACGAAGAAGCAUCAGGAUCGAGGAAGAUGACACAGCUUGGGAACCUUGUAACUAAUCAUCUCUUUCUAAUCUUCGUUUAAAAAAAAAAAGAAAA